AUGACGAAGCCAUGCAUGUUUGGGCAUACAAAUUGCUCAAACAAAACUGUUGAGGCGGUGGGAGUUGGCAUUGGCAUCGGCUUUAUUGUAUUCCCCGCCCUUCUCGUCUUGGUCCUUUACAUCAUGGGUAGACUAUACAACGUAAGCCUCGGAGAGAUAUUUGGCCAAAUACGCGAUGGGUUCCGUGAUUCCAAGCCCAAACUCCAAUAA